AUGCCUUUGACCGCAUACAACGCGCUCUCGGGCGGCGACACCGUCCUCGUCCUUGGCACCGGCGGCGUGUCCAUCUUCGGCCUCCAGAUCGCCGUCGCGAGCGGCGCGACCGUCAUCGCGACUUCGUCCUCCGACAAUAAGCUAGGCGUUGCGAAGAAGCUCGGCGCGAGAAGACUCCCGACUGGGUAA